AUGAUCCUCUCAAAAACUUCUACUACGCUUUUCGCACUGGUGUCGGGGGCUUAUGCCCAGUCGCAAUAUACUUCUACUGGCACGGCUGCCGUAGCUGCGGCAGCUGCCACCGCACUGACUUUAUCUCCUACAUCAAGUGUCGCCGGUUUGACUUUCGAUAGAUUUGUUCAAAUCUGGCUGGAGAAUGAAGAUUAUAGUGCAGCGAUCAAGGACACAAACCUUGCCUAUCUUGCCUCUUUGGGUAUCACGCUCACGAAUUACUUUGCCAUCACCCAUCCUUCUCAGCCCAACUAUGUUGCCGCUGUUGGUGGUAACACCUUUGGGAUCACCAGCGACAGCACCAAGUACAUCUCUUCGAGCACCAAGACCAUCGUCGACCUUCUGGAAGAUGCUGGCGUCAGCUGGAGUCUGUAUCAGGAAGAUAUGCCUUAUUCUGGCUUUGAGGCAAAUUACGUCAAUCAGAAAACCGGUGCAAAUGACUACGUGCGCAAGCACAAUCCGCUGAUGAGCUACAACUCGGUUACAUCGGAUACCGACCGUCUCGCCAAAUCGAAGAACUUCACCAUGUUUUAUGAAGACCUGGAUAAUAACGAGCUGCCUCAGUGGAUGUUCAUCACGCCUAACAUGACCAAUGAUGGCCACGAUAGUUCGCUUGCCACCGCUGGAAAGUGGUCACGCAACUUUUUGACCCCUCUGCUCUCAAAUGAGAACUUCAACACCGAUCGCACUCUGAUUAUCCUGACCUUUGACGAGGGGUUGACCAUCGGGACGAAUCAAGUCUACGCUGUCCUUCUGGGUGGUGCGGUCUCAAGCGCACAGGUUGGCACCUCGGAUGACACCGCAUAUAAUCACUAUAGUCUGUUGAAGACUGUGGAGACCAAUUGGGCCCUGGGUAACCUCGGAGAGAACGACGUCGAUGCCACUGCAUUCUUCUAG